AUGCCCACCGCCCUCAUCUGGACGCCAGAGGAGGAUGAGGAGCUGCAGCACCUCGUCGACGCCCACGGCUCCAAGAAGUGGGCGCUCAUCUCCUCCAAGCUCCGCAGCAAGUCCAGCAAGCAGUGCCGGCGCCGCUGGAAGAAUUUCCUGAGCAUCAACGCCAAGACCUGCAGCUGGUCUACGGACGAGGAUGCGCAGCUCAUGGCGGCGCACGCGGAGCUGGGCAACCGCUGGACCGAGAUCUCCCGCAUCUUCGGCGACCGCACCGACAACGCGGUGAAGAACCGCUGGCACGCGCUGGUCCGCAAGCACCCGCGCCUGACCGAGAUGGGCUCGCCAAGCACCGACCCGAAGCGGGCGCGGCGUGGGCCGCCAGGCCAGGCCGCGGGGCAUCAGCUCAAUCCCCACCACCAUCAGCAACAGCAGGGGUACCCCGUGGCGGGGGUUCGUGGCGGUGCGGUGCUGCCCUCCCCCUUUGAGCAGAACAGCCUGGCGCCGAGCAUGGCGGUGCCGCACGGCGCGGUGCUGGGGCCCCACGGCAUGGGCACCGCCAACGUGGCGCCGGGGCACGGCCAGGGGCCGCCCGCGCCGCUGGCCAUCCGCGUGAGCCGCGAGCUGCUGACGCCGUGGGAGGUGCAGCUGGCGCAGCAGGUGAAUGCCAUGGCUGCGCCCAUCCACAUCGAGAUGCUGGACCCGGAGCAGGGGGCGCUGCCGCCCCCGCCCGCGCACUACAAGCUGCCGGAACUGGCCUCCGACCCGCUCGCCGCGCGCACGUCCUGGCGCCAGCUGGUGGAGGGCGGCGGCCUGGAGCCCACCCCGCCGGACGCCAGCGGCGAGCACCGCUCGCUGCUGCGUCGGCUGAUGAGCCGCGGGCUGGAAGCGCGCGGGUCCUGGGACGUGGGCCGCCUGCUCAGCCUCGACCUCGACCCCGAGCUGGCGCAGCGGCUGCGCGGGGGACCGGGCCAGGCCGGCGCAUACCCCAACGCCAGUGCGGGGCAGGAGCCGGGGGUGUACCUGAACCCGACCUUCAGCUCGGCGGAGCUGCAGCUGCUGGUGGACGCCCUCCUCCCCAAGCCGUCGAUGGCCCGCUGA